ACUGCCAACGCCGCCUCAGUGAGCGUGAGUGCGAGGCCUCCUGAGAGGGAGAGCGAGUUCCAUGCCCGAAGCCCCGUUUCCCCUCGCCGGGAAACACUCGCCUCUCGUCCGCCGAUGGCCGUCUCGCCCGACCGCUUUGCCGCCGCCGCUAACCUCCUACUCUGCCCCGAGGACGCCGGCAAAGUCUCGUCCUGGGAGGAGCUGGAGGAGGAGGACGACGACUAUAUUGAGGCAGGCGGAGCCGCUUCCUCUGCUGCUGCCGAAGAAUCUGAGUGGCCCCCACCAACGGCUUCCGAUGAUGAUUAUUCCGCCACCAUCGCCGCCCUCCUCGCGGCGGAGGCCGACCAUCUCCCCUGCCCCGACUACGUUCCCCGCAUCCGCGCGCGCGCCGUCGACGCCUCUGCCCGCCACGACGCCGUUAACUGGAUCCUCAAAGUAAACGAGUUUUACCGAUUCCGUCCGACGACGGCGUGGCUCUCCGUCAACUACCUCGACCGCUUCCUCUCCGACCAUCUCCCGCCGAACGGGAAGGGAGGGUGGCCAAUGCAGCUACUCUCGGUGGCCUGCGUCUCGGUGGCGGCGAAGAUGGAGGAGACGCACGUGCCGCCGCUUCUCGAUCUCCAGAUCCUGGAUCCGCCGUUCGUGUUUCAUCCCCGCACCAUCCGACGGAUGGAGCUCCUCCUCGCCACCGCAUUGCGGUGGCGCCUGCGCGCCGUCACCCCCUUCGACUUCCUGCACCACUUCGCCGCCUCCCCCGCCCUCCUUCCCCGAUCCGCCACCGCACUCAUUUCCCGCGCUUCCCGGCACGUUGUCUCCACCCACCUUGCAGUGGAUUUCUUGGAAUAUCCGCCGUCGGCCAUCGCAGCGGCCGCGUUGCUUCGCGCGGCGGAGGAAAUCGCCGAUUCAUCUGCCGGGGACAUCGGCGACCUGGCGCCACGCCUCGGUGCGUGGAUAAGCAAGGAGCAGGAAGUGGUGAGUAGGUGUCGCCAGCUAAUGCAGGAUCACGCCAACGGCACGUGCCCAGCAGCUCGGCCGGCGAAGACCGCGGACCAACCCGGGGCCAGCUGCGAAACCGGCCAGAGGCCGGGCGACGGCGAUGGCGACGGCGAUCCGCGUUGCUCCAAGCGCCGGCGACUGGGGGAGAGCGUCGAUAAUAAAUUUAAUUAAAUCAAAUUCCAAGGAUUAAGAAUGUAAUCUCCUUAUUAUUUUUGUGAUUAAGAGAGGAGCCUCGGUGAUUUUGUCCCUAA